AUGCUCCGGCAUUUCGACUGCCGUCGUCUGUUCGAAAAGAAUCUGAGACUCUUCCCCAACGCGUAUUAUGGUCAACCUUACACCAAAGACGAAAGACACGUACCUCGAAUUUGCGUUCUCUAUUACCGGACAGGCGCUAACCAACUUUACUACGAGAUCGAAGUCUUCGUCGAUAUUCUCCUGGCUGAAUACUGCUUGCGUGAAAUUAUUCAACGGGAGAAACUCCUCAAAUCCAAGAUUGUGCUUGCGGAGAGGAAUGGAUACAAAGAAGCAGGAUGUCAUGAAGAGCUUGUUCAGCUUUUCCGUCACUAUAGCAAGGCUGAGUAUGAUCUUUACGUUGCGGAAUCAAGGCUUCCCAUUGGACCUUUGCACAAAUCAUAUCAUACUCUGCGACAAAAUCCAGUUUGGUUUCUCCGCCCAGAACUAGUUGAAGACUGCAAAGCGAGGGGCGGCUGCUGUGGCCGACCUUGUGGCUGCUGUCGGACUCGUCACGAACAAAUGACAAGACCGAAAGGCCUUGGACACUGCACUCCGAGCUGUGAAUGUUGCAUCAAUGAGCGCGGAUUUGAAUACUCACCGGAAGAGAUUACUUCCUUUGCCGAGGACUUCAAAAAUCAACUUCAGGAUGAUAAUCCAGCUUAUAUUGUUCAAAUGGCGAAUAUUUCCUUCUUAUUGCCAUUGGCGACGAAGGGAGAUAAGUCAUCGCGACAGAACCAACAACAGGGAGAGAAUUUCAAUCGGCGCAGGGGUAUCUUCAGGAGAAGAUGA